GUUCAUUGCAUUCGCCUUGUCCCGCAUUAUGAACGGCGACGGUGUGAGUUUUCUGGUGGCUGCAGUCAUCCUCCUUGGUGCGCUAGCCUUCAACUACUUGAGGCGUAAGCAAACCUACUGGCAGCGCCUAGGAAUUCCUUCUGGUCAGGGCUCGAGGUUUCUGGUUGGAAAUGCGGCCGGUUUGGGAAACACCAAACAGAGCUCCGAUAUUUUGGAUCCGCUGUACUACGAGUUUAAACGGCAGGGACUGAAGUGUGGAGGAAUUGUGUUCUUUAUUGAACCGGAAAUACUGGUCGUGGAUCCUGAUCUGGUUAAAACGAUUUUAGUAAAAGAUUUCAACAAGUUUCACGAUCGAGGCGUGUACGUGAAUCCUGAGGGCGAUCCACUGAGUGGGGGUUUAUUCGCCCUAUCUGGGAACGAUUGGAGGAUGAUGCGGCAAAAAUUAACACCCGUCUUUACUUCCGGAAAGUUGAAGCUUAUGUUUUCAACGAUGGUGAACGUAGCCGAUCGUAUGAGGGUGUUUUUGCAGAAUAGCAAGACUCUCGCUGAAAUAGAAAUAAGAGAUCUCACAAGUAGAUACACAGUGGACGUUAUUGGCAAUGUUGUUUUUGGAAUCGAGUGCAACAGCUUAAAAAAUACUGAUUCAGAUUUCAGCGUUAUGGGAAAGAAAGCCUUACAGUUUGAUACGAUGCAGAUGAUCAAAUUUUUCAUCGGAGGCCAUCUGAACUCGUUUGCCAAAACCAUUUCUAUGAGGAUGUUUCCGAUGGACGUGUCGAAUUUUUUUAUGAACCUUACUCGUGAAUCCGUGGACUUUCGGAAAACUACAAACCUAACUUCCAAUGAUAUUUUGACUCAAUUUAUGCAGAUAAAAGGCAAAACAAACAACGGAACCACGGCAGAUUGCGUUGUAGGAGGAAUGACUUUGAAUGAGCUGGCUGCACAGAGUUUCCAAUUUUUCACAGCAGGGUUCGAAACAUCAUCGGCAACCAUGACAUUUUGCAUCUAUGAACUUGCGCUUAACAUUGACAUUCAGGAUCGGCUAAGGGAAGAAAUAAAAUCUGUAUACGCUGAAGGAAAACAAAAACUUUCGUAUGAGUCCAUUCAGUCGAUGCAAUAUCUCAAUAAAGUAGUCGAUGAAACUCUUCGAAAGUACCCACCGGUAGACAAUCUGAUCCGGAUCUCCAAUUGUCCCUUCCAGAUCCCGGAAACCGAUUUCCUAGUUCCGGCAAACACGUUGUUCCGGAUUCCGGUGUUCUCGAUCCAGCGGGACCCGGACCACUAUCCCGAUCCGGAACGGUUUGAUACGGACAGGUUUGAAUCGGAAAAAGUCGGAUCCCGGAAUCCGUACCUGUUUCUGCCGUUCGGCGAGGGCCCGAGAAACUGUAUAGGGUUGCGCUUUGGACUGCUGCAAACUAAGGUCGGACUCGUGACACUGCUGCAACACUUCCGGUUUUCGGCAGAAGCACGUACCCCAAUGAAGAUGGAGUUCGAUCCGAAGGGGAUUCUGCUGCGGCCCAAAAGUGCACUGUACUUGAAAAUAGAGCCAAUAAAUUGAGACAAAAUUGAUGGUCGGAA